AAAAAUGCAUUUGAUGUUUUACACAAAAUAAUAAAUAUACUUACUGUAUAUGGCUAUUUAAGCUGCCUCAAGAGCAGUUUGUUGUACUGUAAGUACCUGUGAAUGACAGUUUGAGAAGACACUGUUGGUAAUGAUGCUGCACUGCCUCUGGGCCCAUGCCUCCCUAUAAGGAUUAUGGACACAAGGAUCUUGGAUGAGGGUUGCAUCUAGAGAACAUCCAGCUGUUUACAAAAUCCAGGGAUUCGACAGCAAUUGCUUGACUGCGCGUAGUGAAGUCAUUGUGUGCGUUUCCAUCAUAGUUUCCACACAGACCACAAACGCAGCCCUGUCAAAAUAAAUGGAAAACUGUUAAUAUAUCAAAUAAAUCUGUAAUUUGCAAUUAAUAAAUUGAGUUGACAAGGGUGGAGUUUAUGAAAGCUCAAUGCUCAAUGCUCUGAAAUAUAAUGGCAUAAUUGUAAUGUUUAAUCCUCACUAAUUUAGGGUUUGAUAUGACAAUAAAGAAUCAUUAAUCUCCUGUUCUAAGGGUUACGCAGUCCCUGUCUGAUUAUGGGAACCUCUGGAAGAUGGACGGUCCAGUGGAAGUCUGUAAGGAAGACACAGUACCUCUUGAAGAAAACUGUGGAGAUGAGAAUGUCUGCCGUGAUAUCUUCUCCAGUUCAGUGUUCAGUGAUUGCAGAGGUCGGGUGUCCAUUGAUUCAUGUGUCCAAGUUUGCAUGAAAGACCUGUGCCAUUGCAACAGCACCUCUGGAUCCUUCUGCCUAUGCAAAUCCAUCGCCGAAUAUUCAAGGCAGUGUGCACAUGCAGGGGGAAAGCCUGAAGAAUGGAGAUCAGAGUAUUUUUGCCCACAUCCGUGCCCAGAAAGUAUGGUCCACCAAGAGUGUGGAAAUCCCUGUACGGAAACCUGCACAAAUCCUGAAAUAGGACAAGUGUGUGAGCACCACUGCAUUGAUGGAUGCUUCUGCCCCCCGGCACUGUUUUUGUUGAUAUACACAUUACUGGCUGUAUCCCGCACAGUGAAUGCUCCUGUGUCCUUGGAGGUAAAAUAUCUGCCUCUGGGGAGAAUUACACAAGCAGCUGCAGAGACUGCACCUGUGAACAGGAACAGUGGAACUGUAUCCAGAAGGACUGCCCACAUUCAUGCUCAGUAGAGGGUGGAUCCCAUAUUACCACUUAUGAUGGAAAAGCCUACACCUUUCAUGGAGACUGCA